AUGGCAAAACCCGCCGAUAAAAUCCACCGCGCCUGGUGGAAGGAAUCGUCCGUCUACCAGAUCUGGCCGGCCUCCUUCAAGGACUCCAACAAUGACGGCAUCGGCGACAUCCCCGGCAUCAUCUCCAAGCUCGACUAUAUCAAGAACUUGGGCGUGGACAUCGUCUGGCUGUGUCCGUCGUACAAGUCGCCCCAGGUCGACAUGGGGUACGACAUCGCGGAUUAUUAUAGCAUCGCAGAGGAGUACGGCACGGUCGCAGAUGUCGAGAAGCUGAUCCAGGGCUGUCACGAGCGGGGCAUGAAGCUUCUGAUGGACUUGGUCGUCAAUCACACCAGCGACCAACACGAGUGGUUCAAGAAGUCGCGCAGCUCAAAGGACAGCGAGUACCGGGACUGGUAUAUCUGGAAGCCGGCCAGAUACGACGAACAGGGGAACCGCCAUCCGCCCAACAAUUGGGUUUCGCAUUUCCAAGGUAGCGCUUGGGAAUGGGACGAGCACACGCAGGAGUACUACCUCCACCUGUACGCGGUGGAACAGCCCGAUCUGAACUGGGAGCACCCGCCCGUCCGCCAGGCCGUGCACGACAUCAUGCGUUUCUGGCUGGACAAGGGUGCCAACGGCUUCCGCAUGGACGUGAUCAACUUCAUCAGUAAGGACCAGCGCUUCCCCGAUGCGCCCAUCAAGGAUCCCCGCACACCAUGGCAGUGGGGUGACAAGUACUACGCCAACGGGCCCCGGCUGCACGAGUAUCUGCAGGAUCUGGGCAAGAUCCUCAAGGAGUACGACACGUUCAGCGUCGGGGAGAUGCCGUUCGUCAAGGAUACGCGGGAGGUGCUGCGCGCGGUGCAAUACGACCGCAACGAGAUCAACAUGAUCUUCAAUUUCGAGCAUGUCGAUAUCGACCACGGCACGUACGAUAAGUUCGAGCCGGGCAGCUGGAAGCUCACGGAUUUGAAGGCGUUCUUCGAGACGUGGCAGAAGUUCAUGUACGAGAACGACGGCUGGAACGCCCUGUACUGGGAGAACCACGACCAACCGCGCUCUAUCGAUCGGUAUACAAACGCCAAGGAAGAGCAUCGUCUGGUCGCAUCGAAGAUGCUGGCUACGAUCCUGGCCUUGCAGUCUGGGUCGCCCUUUGUGUACCAAGGCCAAGAGCUGGGGAUGAGGAAUGUGCCUCGCGAGUGGGGGAUGGACGAGUACAAGGACAUCGAUUGUCUCAACCAUUGGAAGCUGCCCAAUGACACAGAGGCGCAGGCCAUCGCUCGACAAGAAUACCAGAAGAAGUCCCGCGACAACGGCCGGACCCCUGUCCAGUGGACCUCAGCACCAAAUGGUGGCUUCACCGGUCCAGAUGUGAAGCCAUGGAUGUCGGUCAACCCCGACUAUGUGCGCAUCAACGCCGAGGCCGAAGUCAACGACCCGAACUCCACAUAUCACUAUUGGGCCGCUGUGCUUGGCCUCCGGAAGAAAUACCUGGACAUCUUUGUCUACGGGAACUACGAGCUCGUUGAUCGGGAUAGCCAGGCGGUGUUUGCCUACAGCCGUCAAUAUGGGGAUCAGAAAGCUUUGGUUCUGGCGAACUGGACUGAGAAUAGUCUUGAGUGGGAUGCUGCGGCCAACGGGGUGAAGGGCGCACGAGACGUCUUGCUGAACACUUAUGAGCCAGCAGAGUCCGCAAAGCAGAGGUUUUCGGGGAGCAAAUGGCUGCUCCAGCCUUACGAGGCAGUCGUCCUGCUGGUGUAG